CCACCCGUGCUGCAGUUCGUCUACACUCUUUAAUUUGAAGUCACUCCUACCAAAGCGUGUUCCCUCAGGUAGAAGUGCGCACUGUAGCCCGUUAUUCACAUUCACAGCUUUAUUGAAUAACAACACCUCAGUGGAUCUACCAAGGACAUUGCCUUCGAGCUACUUCAGUACAGCGUUUGUUUUAAAUCUAAUUUUGAAUGUGGUUUUUUUUUUUCCUUUUCUUUUCUCCCCUCCAUGGAUGAGACCUGAGAAAAAAGUUGGCACUUGGCAGGAGACUGCUUUGCGUAAAGGACCGAGUCUGAAUCAUGUAUUGCGCAGAAUCUCUGCUCACUUACGAUUAAUUUACAUGAGAGAGGCGCAUCUCCAUCUCACAGGAUGCGAGUAGCGCGCUGAAUGGUUUUGGGAAAGGGGGUACCAAACUUGCGUAAAAGAGCCUGAUUCUGCACAAUUACUGAUUGCUUGUCACAAGUAAGUUGAUUGACACGAUGUCAGCCUUACGGAGGAAAUUUGGCGAGGACUACCAGGUGGUCAACACCAACCAGGGCAUUACUUUUUCCGCACCGGUGAAGAGAAAGAGGCAGCGGUUUGUGGAGAAGAACGGCCGCUGCAACGUCCAGCACGGUAACCUUGGCGGGGAGACCAGCCGGUACAUUUCUGAUCUCUUCACUACGCUGGUGGAUCUGAAGUGGCGCUGGAACCUACUGAUCUUUAUCCUCACUUACACAGUGGCGUGGCUGGUUAUGGCUUCUAUGUGGUGGGUGAUCGCCUACAUCCGCGGCGACCUGAGCCACGGCGGCCACAACGACUCCUACACCCCGUGCGUCGCCAACGUGUACAACUUUCCCUCCGCGUUUCUGUUUUUCAUCGAGACCGAGGCGACCAUCGGGUACGGCUACCGCUACAUCACGGAGAAGUGUCCGGAAGGCAUCAUCCUGUUCCUCUUCCAGUCGCUGCUGGGGUCCAUCGUGGACGCCUUUCUCAUCGGCUGCAUGUUCAUCAAGAUGUCGCAGCCGAAGAAACGCGCGGAGACGCUGAUGUUCAGCCAGUACGCGGUCAUUUCGCAGCGGGACGGGAAGUUGUGCCUCAUGUUCCGAGUGGGGAACCUUCGAAACAGCCAUAUGGUGUCCGCGCAGAUCAGGUGCAAACUCAUAAAGUCUCGACAGACCCCAGAAGGCGAGUUCCUGCCCCUGGACCAGUGUGAGCUGGACGUGGGUUUUGGGACGGGGGCGGACCAGCUCUUCUUGGUGUCGCCUCUGACCAUCUGCCACGAGAUCAACACCAAGAGCCCAUUCUUCGAUCUGUCACAGCGCUCACUCAUGAACGAGCAGUUUGAGAUUGUUGUCAUCCUAGAGGGCAUUGUGGAGACCACUGGUAUGACGUGCCAAGCAAGGACAUCUUACACCGAAGAUGAAGUCUUGUGGGGCAAUCGUUUCCUCCCUGUCAUGUCACUGGAGGAGGGGUUCUUCAGAGUUGACUACUCCCAGUUCCACAACACCUUUGAGGUCCCUACACCUCCAUACAGCGUCAAAGAGCAGGAGGAGAAGUCCUCGUUGACAUCGCCAAACCCUCUACCUGUUGCACCCACACCCUCCUCCCCCCUGCUGGGUAAUGGUGGCCGUGGAGCCCGCAGAGAAAGGCUCCUGUCAGCUGACUAUGCAGACCACGUAGAGGACCAAGCCUCCAGGCUGCCCAGAAAACUCCAGCGCAUGAGCUCCACCAAGGAGGAGCUCCUCUGGAGGGGGCUGAAGACAGGGCCAGCCUUGCCUGGGGGGAAGGCCUCCAGCACAGGAGACCUUCCGCUUAGUAUUCAGAGGCUGAGGUCCAGCUCCAUCCCGGUCACGAUGCAAGGACAGCCGGAGGAGCAGGUCCAGCUGUUGUCCUUAGAUGGAGAUGCUGAAGAGGAUGAGCUGGAGAAACAGAGACUGCCAGCAGCCAUUAGGACCAUCACUGCUCCGACCCCACCAUUAGUCCAGAUCCCCUUGGUAGGGAGUCGACCAGAGGACAAUCUCCCCGCCAAACUGCGCAGAAUGAAUGCUGACCGCUGAUUUCUGCAGACUAUCUUUAAGCCUAAAAACAUUUUGAAAACUAAAUCAGGCUUGAUGGGCAUUGCAUAUAAAUAAGGACUACUGUGAUAUAAGUUUUAUUUUUUCCUGCAACUUAGGGGCUCUAUACUAAGUUGUCGAUUGCCACAAAUAGAAGGACAACACCAAUAAGCCAUCCAUCCGCUCAUACUGUGAGUCAUUUUUGAUAGACUACCAUCUGUGCCCCCCCCCCAUUGAUUUCUUACACUCCUGCCCUUGUGCUUGUUUCUUUCACUUCUGUUUGUAGAGUUCGUGCAUCAAAUACUUUAUUAUCUGAAAAACAACUAAACUUUUUUCAAUAAAACAAGCACCAAAGUGACAGUCGUGACUCACCUGAAGUGACUGUUUGCAAAACCCCUCCCCUGAACAGCAACUGAACUGUCCAAUCCUAGGUCAGCAACCGUAACUAGACACAGCCAGUCUGUCAAGCUUUGGAUUUUUUCACACACUUCCAGCGGUCUACAUUGUACUGUUUAUUAGGAUAAAGACCCACUAAAAGUGAUGCAAUGCGAUGCAAAAUUUGCCCCCAUUCAUUUUCCACGGGAUACGAGCGAAGCAUUAUGGGAUUCCAUGCAAAGCAGGACUGACCAGCAAUGUGAAAAAAGAGAUGGUCAAAAGUUGAACAUUUUUAACUUAAUGCAAAUAAGGGGCCGGAUUCCGAAUUCACUUGGUGGCUAUGCAGUAUUUUUCUGUAAAACUGACAAACAAAAAAGCAAUGCAGUGGUGGGACGGGAUGUUUAGUGUUGCUGCUGUGGAGAUCAUACUUUCUGAUCAUACUUUCUGUUCACUCUUUUUCUUAUGUCCCUGGCCUUCAGGAUUGCAUUACAAACAAAAUGCUGCUUGGCACAAAGUCACUUAAACUCUGGGAGUAGCUUGUGAGCAUUGACACACCCACCACAAUGAGUAAGAAGUGGCAGAGACUAAAGCGUCUUGUAGACUCGCCGUUCCCGACCUGUCGCGCGACAAUGUGAAGUCACGGGAGCACCGUAACUAUU